UGUGUCUAAUUCAGUUUCAAAAACUGUAUGAUGCUGGUGAGCUCAGCCACAGGGCAAGAUGCCCCUACCUUUUAUCAUUACCAAAGCUGGCUGGAGCCUUUAGGCAGAGGAUCUAGGUGGACUGAGAUAAAAAGCAGUGCCCAUCCAAGAACUGCCCCACUGCUCAAAGCCUUCCCAGCUAUAAGACAGCCAGGCUUGUGUGGGUGGGUCGACUUUCGAAGUUUUGAGGAACAGCCUGAGUGGAAGGAGCAAGAGGGUUUCUCUCAAAUGAAUGGAUAAGGAAGAGAAAACCUCUUUGAUGCUACAGUGAAGAUGCUGAAAAGUCUGUAGAGUACUUUAAAAGGCGGGUAAAAUUAAAAUGCUGCGGAACUUUGUAUGUCUAGUUAUUGUUGCUCUGCAUUGGCUGAUAACGCAUAAACGCAGUGCUGGCAAUGUUGCCAUUGCAGAUGCUUCAAUAAUCCCAGUUGGAGAUCCUAAUAUUGCAGUAGGAAAAAUAUCAUCCCAGUCCAGCACAUAUGAAGAAAAGGGGGCAUCAAAGAAGGCUAUAGAUGGGUCAUUGGCAAGUAGUUAUGCUAACGGAGACUGCACCCUGACAAAGAAAGAUUUUGAACCCUGGUGGAUGGUAGAUUUGAAUUCAGCAUUUCAGGUAUCUGGUGUGGUGAUCACUAACAGAGGAGACUGCUGUGAGUCACGGAUAAAAGGAGCUGAGAUUCUGAUUGGGGAUUUGCCACAGAAGGGAGGCACAAUGAAUCCCAGGUGCGCUACAAUCAACAGCAUGGGGCGUGGGGAAACAAUGUCCUUUAACUGUGCAGGGAUGCAAGGGCAGUAUGUGACCAUUACGAUCCCUGGGAGAUACGAGUCCCUCUCACUCUGUGAAGUGCAAGUGCUUGCACACCCAUGGCUCCAUGUAGUUCACGAUGGAGGGCGGAGCCCUGUCAGAAAUAGCGAAACAGAUUUAGGUUUGCAGGGCAGAGUUCUAAGUUUCCUUAAUGAAUCAAAGGAUAGUUUUGUUGUCAUAUCUCCAAUGCAGCCUUUGAAUGUCAUGGAAUUCACACUUUGUAUGAGGGUUGCAGCAGAGCAUUUGGGAGAACGCAAAGUCAUUCUCUUCUCCUACCAUUCUGAAAACGAUGAACUGAGGAUCUUGCGUGAAGCCAAGGGCCACUUGGGUUUACACAUGGGGGGUCAGAGUGUGAUGUUUGCUCUCCCUGAUCUCAGCAACUUGGGAACUCAUGUGUGUGUCACCUGGGAGGCUGAGUUCGGCCUCACAGCCUUUUGGAUGAAUGGGGAAAGGAGUAUUCGAAAGGUGCACAAUGUGGGGCAUAUUCUUCAAUCAGGGGGGACUGCAGUGCUUGGCCAGGAUCAGGGUGCACAAAAUAUGUCUGAACAGCAGGAGCGACGUUUUGUAGGAGAAAUAACAGAUCUCUACAUGUGGGAUUAUGUGCUGAAAUCUCAAGACAUUCAGGAUGUGUUCCAGGUCCGCCAGUUUCCCAGAGGAAACAUCUUUGACUGGAAAAUGUUAUCGUACAAGAUUACAGGGAAUGUGAUGGUAUUACCUAAGGACUAAUAACCAAGGAGGAUAUUGGCAUUAUUAACUUACAUGGAAGAUCUUUUGUCUUUCUGCUUUGCAAAGAAAGAAAGAGAAGGAAGGAAAGAAAGCUAACUAGCUAGCUAUUGGUUUGCCACCUAAGAUGUCAAAGCACAGCUACUGAGCACUGCACCUAGAGUAUAAUUCACAUUGGAAGAUUGUUGACUCAGAAGUAUGAAAAUCCUUUCAUAGUGAAAAUUGUUGAAGUAACAACUUGUACAUUUUAAAUAAA